CGAAUACACGGGGAUCUGGUAGACUGUCCUGAAGACGAAUACGAUCCACCCGAUGGCGAAUGGGCUGAUUCAACUCCCGUUUUUAAUUACGAAUUUGAGCUAGAAAGACAAUUCCUAGCCGAUCCGAAAAAGAAGAAAAUGGAAGUGCACAAAAUGUCGAAUGUAACGACACUACCAGAAGAUUAA